UGGCAGGAGUUCAAGACUGAAGAUGGUCGGGUCUACUAUUUCAACACAGAGACGCAGGUGACGACAUGGGACAAACCAAACGAUACAUCUGCGACCCCAGGUACAAGACCGCCUGUGCCAGCACAAGACGAUGCUGCAGAUUGGCAAGAGUAUGAGACUCCCGAAGGAAAGAAAUACUACUACAAUGCCACGACUCAAGUUACAACAUGGGACAAGCCUGCUGUCCUGUUGCGCAGUGGCCAUUCUGCACGAGAUACGGCUGCUGCGCAAGAGUCAAGAAUGGACGAUGCAGAGCUCGCAGAAGAAGUCCAGAAUGAGAUUGAACGGACAGACAAAAUAAUGAUGGUGGAUCGUGAAGGGCGUGCCAUUACAGCUGCUAUGUAUGCCUUGUCGGACGAGGCAGUACCAGUCUUCAAGACCAGCGAAGCAGCCGAGGAAGCCUUCUUCAAGCUUCUUAAACGCAGCGGUGUGGCUCCAGAUUGGACUUGGCAGCAGGCGAUGCGAGCAGCCAUCAAAGACCCUGUCUGGCGCGCGCUCCCGACAACCGUUGCACGCAAGGCAGCUUUUGAACAGUAUCUCGUGGAAACACGCAAAGCAACACUUGGAAAGCAACAGGAUCGUCUUGAGAAGCUCAAGAAAGACUGGACUCAAAUGUGCACGAGGCAUGAUGAGAUUAAACCAUGGUCAAUGUGGACAAACAUACGUCCCUACCUUGAGGGCGAAAGAGCUUUCAAGGCGGCACUCGACGAAGACGAGCGCGAAGCACUCUUCGAGAUGUACGUCAUGCAAUUGGCAGAGGCGGAAAAGUCGCGCAAAGUGCAAGAGGUUACCGAUGGCAUUCGUGCGCUCUCGCGAGAGCUUGAUGACAUCGACAUCACGCUGAAUAUGACGUGGCACGAAGCAAAAGCAAAGAUCGAUGAAGCAAAUGUGAGCUUUCGAUACAAAAGCCUCAGCAAGCUUGACGUACUACAAGCAUACGAGGACUUUGUCGACAGCAAGGAAAGGCAACAAGCGAUCGCUACGAAGCAAGCUAAAGUGGAAGAGCGACAACAGGAACGUAAGAAUCGAGAGGCCUUUACCACGUUACUUCAUUCCUUGCGCGAUCAAGGUGAUAUCUACGCGGAAAUGCGCUGGCAAGACAUUUACCUGCACAUCAAGGAGGAGGAUGCAUUUCUAGCAAUGCUUGGGCAAGCUGGAUCCUCUCCCCUGGAUCUCUUCCGUGAUGUUGUUGAAGAGUUGCGCGACGCUUUGCGCGAGAAGAAGCGGACAGUGACCAAGUAUCUUGAGGAGCGUCAUUUUACAUUUGAUGUAUCUACGCUACUAGACGACUUUGCCGCAAUCCUCAAGGAAGAUCCGCGCACUGCUGAAUACGAUCAUGUUACCGUCAAGCAAAUCCACGGGAGUCUCAAGGCUAAAGCGCAACGUCGACUAGAAGAUGAUCAGCGGCACGAGGAACGCCGUUUGCGACGAAAGAUGGACGACCUUCGUGGUGCGAUGAAGAAACUGGAGCCGCCUAUUCAAGUAUCAGAUUCCUAUGUUGAUACGCGCACGAGACUCUCUAUGCUGGCAGAAUUUGAAGGACUUGGGGAAGAUCAGCGUAUUCAGGCAUUUGACAAGUACAUUCGCCGGCUAAGGGAGAAGGAGGAGGAUGAGCUCGAG